CAAAUUUUAUACCAUCUAGUCUUAUAAAAAAAUUCUCUCUUCUGUGAUCUACUAAUAACAUCAAUAAUAUCUCAGUCAUAUCUUUCUGGACACGACCUGAAUUUGCUUCCGACCGAGAGCGCACACACAAGCGCCCCACCAGUCCUCCACCACACGCCAUUUCCUUCGCAUUGCUCCGGUCCUCUCCUCUCCUCGCUUGCCUCCCUUCCCCGUCUCCUCCCGUAUCGUCGCCGUGGACCUCUUCGUCCUCUGCCUCCAGAGCAGCCAAGAGCGGGGUCAACUCUCCCGCCGGCGGAGCUAGAGCGAGAGGGGGAGAGGCGGGAGGCCCCCGGAUCUGAGCUGUGCUCCCCGCGCGCCCGCCACCGCAAGGCCAGAUCUCGACCCGCGCAGAUCUGCUGCUGCUGCGACACCUGAGAUCUAAAUCGAACAAGAGGUAGCUUCAGCUCCGGUUGGUGGUGGUUGGUCGGUGACGAGGAGGCAGGGGAGGCUGCGGAGAUGUCGUCGAGCACGAUCCGGAAGGCGCUGGGGGCGGUGAAGGACCAGACCAGCAUCAGCCUCGCCAAGGUCACAAGCAACAUCGCGCCGGAGCUCGACGUGCUCAUCGUCAAGGUUACAAGCCACGAUGACGAGCCGGCCGAGGAGCGCCACAUCCGCGAGAUCCUCCACCUCACCUCCGGAUCCCGCGCCCACGUCGCCGCCGCCGUGGCCGGGUGCUCCCGCAGGCUCUCCCGCACCCGCGACUACGUGGUCGCGCUCAAGUCGCUGAUGCUCGUGCACCGCCUCCUGGUCGACGGUGACCCAUCCUUCCACCGCGAGCUCCUCCACGCCACGCGGCGCGGCACCCGCUUGCUGAACCUCUCCGACUUCCGUGACGAGGCGCACUCUGGGUCAUGGGAUCACUCGGCCUUUGUCCGCACCUAUGCGCUCUACCUCGACCAGCGCCUUGAGUUCUUCCUCCAUGAGCGCAAGCAGGGCUCAAAUGCCAGCAGCAGUGCUAACGGUCCAUCACCACGUGACCGCUGGGGUUCGCCUGAUCCAUACGGCCGCCGUUCGCCGUCCUACUCGUCACCUCCAGGCAACGGGUAUGGCGGAUAUGACGAUUACCGUGAGAGGAAUGGUGGCAACUCUGAUGACAAGAGGCCGCCAACCCCAGUGAGGGAUAUGAAGCCGGAGCGGGUACUUGCCCGUAUGCACCACCUGCAGCAGCUGCUUGACAGGUUCCUUGCUUGCCGUCCCACUGGUGGCGCAAAGCACAGCAAGAUGGUGCUGGUUGCGCUGUAUCAGAUUGUUAGGGAGAGCUUCCAGCUCUAUGCCGAUAUCUGCGAAGUGCUUGCUGUGCUGCUGGACAGGUUCUUUGACAUGGAAUAUGCUGAUUGUGUGAAGGCUUUUGAGGCAUAUGCUAGUGCUGCUAAGCAGAUUGAUGAGCUCUGUGCCUUCUAUGCAUGGUGUAAAGAUACUGGAGUUGCGAGGUCAUCAGAAUACCCAGAGGUGCAGCGUGUCACUGAUAAGUUGCUGGAGACAUUGGAAGAAUUUAUGAGGGACCGUGCAAAGCGGCCCAAGAGCCCACCCAGGGAGCCUGAGCCUGAGCCUGUCAAGGAAGAACCUGAGCCGGAUAUGAACAGCAUCAAGGCGCUUCCUGCACCUGAGGAUUAUAAGGAGCCUGAACCUGAGAAGGUGGAGGAAGAGGUGAAGCCAGAGCCACCCCCACAGCCACAGGGUGAUUUGGUGGAUCUCAGAGGAGAUACUGUUAGUGCGGAUGAGCAAGGUAACAGGCUUGCUCUGGCUCUCUUCCAGGGGCCACCUGCAGCUGGUGGAAGCAAUGGUUCCUGGGAAGCUUUCCCUUCGAAUGGUGGCAAUGAGGUGACAUCUGCGUGGCAGAAUCCUGCAGCUGAGCCUGGGAAGGCUGAUUGGGAGCUCGCCCUUGUGGAGACAGCAAGCAACUUGUCCAAGCAGAAGCCCGCAAUGUCAGGCGGUAUGGACCCACUGCUGCUGAAUGGUAUGUAUGACCAGGGUGCUGUGCGCCAGCACGUCAAUGCACAGGUGACUACUGGGAGUGCCAGCAGCGUCGCCCUACCUGCUCCUGGCCAGAAAACACAGGUGCUGGCUCUGCCUGCACCAGACGGUUCGAUGCAGACUGUUGGUGGUGACCCAUUCGCGGCGUCUCUUACCAUUCCACCACCCUCCUACGUUCAGAUGGCAGACUUGGAGAAGAAGCAGCAAUUCUUGACGCAGGAACAGAUGAUGUGGCAGCAGUACCAGAGGGAUGGCAUGCAAGGGCAAUCGAGCUUAAACAAGCUUGAUCGGGCUUACAACAAUGGUCUCGCUCCCAACCCGGCCAUGCCCUAUGGGAUGCCCGUGGCAUACAACACAAACCCCAUGCCGAUGGCUUACACCGGGAAUACUGGGUAUUACUACCCCACUUACUGAGUCUAUUCUUUGUUCAUCCUUACAGUUGCUGUGAAUUUUGUUCUGUGUUGUGAUCUUACUCCUAGCCUUGGGGUUGUGUCCAGCAUCAGUUGUUGUUCCCCUGUCUCUGGAUCAAACCUUUUGGUCUCAUAUAUGUAAUGUAAUUUUAUUUGUUUGGAACCAAUUGCGGCAUCCGAGGGUGGCUAUAGUCGAUUGCAUAAUCUCAGUUGAUCUUUACACUGUUUUCA